GGCCGCCGCAGCCGGGUGCGCAGUUAGACCUAAGUCGCCUCUUGCUUGUUUGAAUUUGUUGCUGUCUGCUAGGGCCCACUCGAGCUCCGCCAGAAAAUGCAGAUCUUUGUAAAGACCUUGACCGGGAAAACCAUCACCCUAGAGGUGGAGCCCAGCGACACCAUUGAGAAUGUCAAGGCCAAGAUCCAGGACAAGGAAGGCAUUCCUCCCGACCAGCAGAGGCUGAUCUUUGCCGGCAAACAGCUGGAAGAUGGCCGCACCCUCUCCGACUACAACAUCCAGAAGGAGUCCACCCUCCAUCUUGUCCUGCGUCUGAGAGGUGGGAUGCAGAUCUUUGUGAAGACCUUGACUGUUUCCGACUACAACAUCCAGAAGGAGUCCACCCUCCAUCUUGUCCUGCGUCUGAGGGGUGGGAUGCAGAUCUUUGUGAAGACCUUGACCGGGAAAACCAUCACCCUGGAGGUGGAACCCAGUGACACCAUUGAGAACGUCAAGGCCAAGAUCCAGGACAAGGAAGGCAUUCCUCCCGAUCAACAGAGGCUGAUCUUUGCUGGCAAACAGCUGGAAGAUGGCCGCACUCUCUCAGACUACAACAUCCAGAAGGAGUCCACUCUCCACCUGGUCCUGCGUCUGAGGGGUGGUUUUUAAACUUUCUGCUUCGCUUACAACCUUUGAAGUAAACUUCACUGCACUUUGUUUCAAUAAAGCUGUUGGGAUUCCCGA